UCGAUCAAGUUCGUGACCAUAUUUUAUCUACAUAAAUUUUCAAAUCGUCUGAUUUCUGAAGUGAACUUGAAAAGUCAAAUAAGUAGUAUACUGAAAAGAGCUUGAAAGUUAAAUUUGAAAAUCAUUCACGAGUUGUUUCUAAUAAUGAUACGAGUUACAUAAUAGAGGAUUGUAAAUGAAAAUACCAUGGAGGGUGGUAGUGCUACUGGAUCGGAUGAUUAUAAAUAUGCAUUUAGUUCAAUAAAUGAAAGACCUGUAGACGAUAUAUCGCUGGAAUUUUUUUAUAAACCACAUACUAUAACACUUCUAGCUGUCUCAAUUGCGGCAGUCAUUUAUACAGCAUUUGUCAGAGAUGAGAAUAAUAUUCAAGACAAUAUAUGGUCUGGAGUAUGUUGUGUAGUCUUCUUCUUUUUAAUAAUAUCAUUACUUACAUUUCCUAAUGGCCCAUUUACUAGACCUCACCCAGCUGUAUGGAGAAUUGUUUUUGGCAUGUCAGUGCUUUACUUACUGGCAUUAUUGUUCCUUUUAUUCCAAAGUUAUUCAACAGUCUAUUCAAUUAUGUAUUGGAUUGAUCCAAACUUACGCAAUUUCCAUAUUGACAUGGAUAAGGAAUAUGCUGUAAAUUGCACUGAUAUUAGUUUGGCAAGAAUCUGGUCACAUUUGGAUGUCUUUGCUUGGGGUCAUUUUUUAGGUUGGAUGUUUAAAGCCAUACUGUUUAGACACACGGGCCUUCUUUGGGCUAUCUCAAUAAUGUGGGAAAUAACAGAAAUAGCAUUUGCACAUUUACUACCAAAUUUCUUAGAAUGUUGGUGGGAUUCAAUUAUCCUAGAUGUGCUCAUAUGCAAUGGAUUUGGAAUUUGGUGUGGCUUGAAGAUAUGUAAGGCUUUAGAAAUGAGAGAGUACAAAUGGGUGAGCAUCAGGGAUAUUUCAUCAACAACUGGUAAAAUUAAGCGAGCAAUUCUGCAAUUUACACCAGUGCAGUGGACACCUGUGCGGUGGUUAGAUCCAAACUGUACAUAUAUGAGAUUCUUUGCACUCAGUCAGCUUGUGGUAUUUUGGCAAAUUUCAGAAUUGAAUACCUUUUUCUUAAAACAUAUAUUUGAAAUGCCACCGUCACAUCCUCUAGUCAUUGCUCGACUGGUUCUCAUAGGCGUUAUUGUAGCCCCAUCAGUAAGACAAUAUUAUACAUACGUCACUGACCCUAAAUGUAAAAGAGUUGGUACUCAAUGCUGGGUAUAUGGAGCAAUAAUGGUAACUGAAUCAAUGCUCUGUAUAAAAAAUGGAAAGGAGCUUUUUGGUCAAGCUCAAGUGUGCAAUGUUAUUGUAUGGCUAGUCAUCCAAAUGUUGGUCUCUGUUGGCUGUGUAUAUGGUGUUGUGUUAUAUGAUGGGUAUUUUAAGCCAAAUAGUAUAAAUUCUAAUACAAGUAGUCCCAAGAAAGAUAACUGAAGGUGUGUUGAAUUGUGGAGAAGUAAAUUUAUGUCACUAAUUUAAGGUAGUUGGUACAAUAAUGUACUAAGUAGAGUGGUGUGUCAUCAAUAUAAGUAGAUACAAUUUAUUUAAAAGCUCCUAUUUCUGCUAAAUUGUUUUAAAAGACAAAGCUAGCCUAUAUUAUAUGUAUAUAGACUAUUAACAUUGUAUAAUUUUUACCUAUACUCGAAAAUAUAUAGGUAUUGUAAUUUUUUAUAUUUUUAUUUAUAAUUUAAAACUUAUUAUAUGCGAUUACCACACAACUUUCAAAUCUGUAUCGUCUAAAUUAUAAUGUGGUAAAAUGCCUCCAAAGUAAUUGAAUGUAACUACAUUCUAUACUUAUAGUUAUUAAUUAUAAAAUUAUUUGAUGUAAAGUAUAAGACGGCUCAACGUGAUAAGCGCUCAAUUAAAAAGCAAACAUAUAUUUAAUCUUAAAAUAAUAAAUUUUGCUGUG